AUGGCAGGGACCGAGAUCUCUGUCCCUCCGGAGCAGUUCACCAAAAUCAAAGAAGGAGUGUUGAUAACAGAAAAAGCCCUGGAGGAGGGAGAAGACGGGGUGUGCAGAGUGAGGGAACACCCAAGCUCUGAAGAGUUAGAGGCCGAGAGCACCCACGGGGCCCUCCAGGCCAAGAUCCCGGGGGGCAAGCUGGAGCUGGUGCUGGCCAUCCCGGAGGAGGGCGAGAAGCACAUUCUGACCCUGCAGACGGCGCACUUGACCUCCGAAGAUGCGGAGCUGCAGGACCUGGCACCACAGCACCAGGGAGAGGUGCCGGUGGUGGUGCAGCAGGCUGGUAGUGGGGUGCAGUCACUGGUGCGGCUUGGGGAGGGGUCCCAGCAGAGCCUGCACCAGUGUGUCACCAUUAGCAUCCAGGAGGAGAUGUACCCGCUGCAGGAGGUGGAGGUGAUGCAGUUUCAUGUUCUGGAGGAGAAUGUGACCGGGGCCAGUGAAGACAGUAAGUGUGCAGUGAGCCUGGCAGAAAGCUCUGGAUCUAUAAAGCUUGAGAAACGUCAGGAAGAGGAACAGCUGCUGGUUGAAGGUGGAUUCAGUGAAGAAACAGAAGGGCAGUUUUUUCUUGUGGAAGCGAGACCAGGAGAUGAAAUUGUUCUGACAAUUUCAACCUUAAAUACUGAGAAACCUGCGCUGGGUCAAGCACAUGUUGAAAAAGCCAACGCUACAAAAAGUCGAAAGAAGACAAAGGAAGUAAAACGAACCUUCCACUGUGACAUCUGCAUGUUCACCUCUUCUAGAAUUUCGAGUUUGACUCGUCAUAUGAAAACUCACACCAAUGAAAAGCCCCAUAUGUGUCACCUUUGCCUGAAAGCUUUCCGUACUGUUACUCUCCUUCGGAAUCAUAUCAACACCCACACAGGAACCAGGCCCUACAAGUGUGGUGAUUGUGACAUGGCAUUUGUCACCAGUGGAGAACUUGCCCGACACAGACGUUAUAAACACACUCACGAGAAGCCCUUUAAAUGUUCCAUGUGCAAGUAUGCUAGCGUAGAGGCAAGUAAAUUGAAGCGCCACAUCCGUUCACACACGGGCGAACGCCCCUUUCAGUGCUGUCUCUGUAGCUACGCCGGCAAAGACCCCUACAAGCUGAAACGGCACAUGAGGACGCAUUCCGGUGAGAGGCCCUACGAAUGCCACAUCUGCCGCGUGCGCUUCACCCAGAGAGGGACCAUGAAGAUUCACAUCCUGCAGAAGCACACCGAGAACGUCCCCAAGUACCAGUGCCCGCAUUGUGCCACCGUCAUUGCAAGGAAGAGUGACCUGCGUGUCCAUUUGCGCAACCUGCAUACGUACAGAGCUGCAGAGAUGAAGUGCCACUACUGUCCUGCUGUCUUCCACGUGCGCCAUGCUCUCCUUCAGCACCACAAAACUCACAAAAACGAGAAGAGGUUCAAGUGUGAACACUGCAGCUACGCCUGCAAGCAGGAACGUCAUAUGACAGUUCACAUACGUACCCACACUGGAGAGAAGCCGUUUGCCUGCCCCUCCUGCGAUAGAUGUUUCCGACAGCAGCAACUUCUAAACGUGCACUUCAAGAAAUACCACGAUACAACUUUCGUCCCGACUGUUUACAAAUGCCCCAGGUGUGGCAAAGGCUUUUCCCGCUUGAUUACCUCGAGACGUAGUGGCUUAAGACAACCAGCAUUUGUUAUGUCUCAUUUUCUGUGGGUCGGGAAGUUGGGAGUGGCUCAGCCUCUGGGUCUCUCGUGAGUUGCAGUCUGGACGUUGUCAGGGGCCGCAGUCAUUUGUUGGCUUGACUGGAGCCGGAGGCACUGCUUCCAAGAUGGCGUGCUCAACAUGGCUGUUGGCAGGAGGCUUCAGUUCCUCACUACGUGGACCUCUCCGUUGGGCUGCUCAAGUGUCCUCGUGACCAGAGCGAGAGAGAGCAAGGAGGAAGCCACAGUGUCCCCUAAUCUUAGAAGUGACACGACCCUGCUUCUGUUCAUUAGAAAUGCAUCAUAUAAUUCAGCCCAUACUCAAGGGGUGAGGGGUAAAGUCCCUUUUGAAAGAAAGCGUGCCAAAGAAUUUGUGGACAUUUUAAAGCCACCACAGAUGAUUAGCUAGAUCCCUAGAUGAUGUGUGUACUUUAUAAAAGUUUAAAAUUAUCUGAACUUGACUAUUUUUAUGGAAGAAACUAUCUUUUAGAAGAAGAUGGUAGGGUAGUUGUGUUUUUUGUGUGGGACGGUUCUGGAGUGUUAAUGCUAUUAGUUCAAAAUUUCAAACAGAAGCGGUGGCAGUGCUCCAACAAUAGUGUCAUUCGUACUGAGUUAAAAUUGUAAAGAAGCUGCCCUUUGGUGUGAGAAACAAGAAAGCAGAGAAAAGAAUAAGUCAGCCUCAUAGAAUCCUUCAGAACAUAAAGUCAGAAGUUUUGAAACUUUUCCUU